UUAGGUUUUAAACAUGAGGUGGAAGGCUAAGUAUUAACAUGUAACCAUCCUGUCGCAGAAGAUUAUUGAUUUAGUAGUUUUUGUUCCCGCUUCCCCUCGUGCAAAGCACAACGCGCACGAACAGUUCCAUUCGGCGUCUGAAUUCAAGCAGUUAGACCUGGCGUACGUAGGUGAAAAACUGGCGCGUGCGAGUGCUUCUUGCUAUGUUGUAGUCUCUCAGACUACAAUAUCGGACAACAAAUAGUCAGUAGGCAGCUUUUCCUCGCCAUUUCGAUUAGGCCCCCUUAUUUUUUUCUUCUCUCUCCGACAGAAGCUACCGUGCAGCCUUUCUAUCUCUGAUUUCUAGGUCGCAUUGAUAGUAUCAGCAAGUACGGGGUUCAUACAGCUUUGCACUGAGAAUCCUGUCACGUGUAGUAGAAGCCGUGGAUAUCGCCUAGCCAUCAGAGGCUCCUGAAGAAAGUGAUCUAUGCCGGGCUCUGAGUUACACUCACGUAGGAGCUGUAAAUUGUCACAGAUCAAGCUUUAGCGGCAUUCGAACCGAUAUUACAAACGGUUAAGGACAAUCUACGGAACUUCAAUACUGGACGUCAGCACACUUAUCGUGGAACGGCCGUGAAAUCUAGAUUAUGGCACAACUUCGACAGGAAAAGGUCGGUGGCAAAGCACCAGGAAUGCAGCGAAAGCGCCAUCUGUUGGAAGGAAUUAUGAUUGACAGGCACAGCUUUGAAGACCGGAAGCGUGACAUUGAGAAUUGGCUAGAUCGAACCGAAUCUAGAGUAAAAAGACUGCCACCUGUAGGCCAAACUUUGGAUGUUCUUGAGGUGCAGGUGAAAGAACAAAAGGUUCUUCAGAAUGAGCUUCAUCAGUGGAAGCCUGCAGUGGAAAGUUUAAGUCGAUUAGCUGAUAAACUGGCGAGUGACAAUCCUCAUGAUGACAUGUCACGACUACAAGAUGUAGCAGAUGAAGUUUAUCAAAGAUAUGCAGAACUAUCUUCCCGUCUUCAAGCAAGAAGCAAAGCCUUACAGAACGCCCUCAAUUCGCUGCAACAGCUGGAUAAAGCGCUAGACAGGUUCUUGGCUUGGCUGUCAGAAAUGGAAUCCACAUUCGAAAUGUUGGACUCUGAAGCAGAGAAGUAUGGACCGCGAGAAGAUAUGCAGCAAGUCAGAGGAUGGCCAGAACAAGUCAGAGAGCUUCAACGGGAAAUAGAGAGUCAACGUGACCUCCACUUGACUCUCAACGAGCGAAGCGGUCAACUGCUUCAAAGUUUGGAAAGCCAAGAUGAUGCCCUGCUGCUUCGGCGGAAACUGGAAGAGAUGAACCAACGUUGGAACGCUUUGCGUCUCAGAACUGUCUCUCUCAGGAACCGUCUUGAGAGCAAUGCAGAGCAGUGGAACCAGUUACUUCUUUCCUUGCGAGAACUUACCGAAUGGGUCAUAAAGAAAGAAACUGAACUUGCCGCUCAACCCGCUCUUGGUGGUGACGUCACCAGCAUUCUCAGACAGCAAGACGAACAUCGUGCAUUCCGGAGACAACUAGAUGACAAGCGCCCUGUUAUAGAGAGUAGCUUGUUGGCGGGAAGACAGUAUGUUGCGAAGGAACCACCGCUCUCAGAUACCAGUGAUUCUGAAGCCAAAGAUUACGAGACUGAUAGCAGAGGAUAUCGGAGUGCCGAAGAGCAAGCGAGGGAAAUAACGCGAAGCAUUCGCAGAGAAGUGAAAAAAUUGUCGGAUAAAUGGACCGCACUUUUAGCUCACACUGAUCAGCGACAUAAGUGGAUGGACGAUGUUUUAACGAAAAUGCAACUCCUUCAACGAAUCAUGGAGGAAAUGAACUGUCGGCUUCAGGCAGCUGAAGCAACCAGAGCUAAAUGGCCUCCGAUAUCGGAUUUCGUGUUAGAUCAAAUGCAACAGCACUUGGAUGAAGUUCUGGAUUUUAAAGAGCGUGUGAUGCCACUCCAACAGCAUCUAGAUAAAGUAAAUGAAGCAGCAGCUCGCAUAACAGGUUGCAAUGUUCUCCUCUCACAUGGUAAUCUUAAUCGACUUGAAGAACUGAACACCAGGUGGCGACUUUUACAUCUAGCCAUUGAGGACCGGCGUAAAAGGCUCCAAGCCGCAAUGAAAGACCAGAGCUCGGCACAAGAGUUUUUGAAAGCUUCAGUAGAAGAACCAUGGGAACGAGCUGUUUCAGGAAACAAAGUACCUUAUUACAUUAACCAUUUAUCAGAGACAACACAUUGGGACCACCCUAAAAUGAUUGAUUUAAUGGAAUCCUUAGCUGAAUACAAUGAAGUCAGAUAUUCUGCAUACAGGACAGCUAUGAAACUACGCAUUGUGCAGAAACAGUUAAGUUUGGAUUUGAUAAACUUGAACAAUAUCAUCAAUGCAUUUGAUCAGCAUGGCCUUCGAGCUCAGAAUGAUAAGCUGAUCAGUAUUACAGAAAUGAUCACCUGUCUUUCAACAAUAUAUGAAGGUGUAGCCGGUGAAUCUGCUUCUUCAGUCAACAAACCUCUUUGUAUAGAUCUGUGUUUAAACUGGCUCUUGAAUUUGUUUGACACUUCUACCAGAACAGGUUACAUUCGCAUUCUGUCCUUCAAAGUUGGCAUAGUACUACUCUGUCAAGGGACCCUCGAGGAUAAGUUUAGAUAUUUGUUCCGAUUGAUAGCUGAUGUAAAUGGUUGUGCUGAUGAACGGAAACUUGGUCUUCUGCUACAUGACUGUGUACAGAUUCCUAGGCUGUUGGGUGAAGUAGCAGCUUUUGGAGGAAGUAAUAUUGAACCUAGUGUGAGAAGUUGUUUUGAAAAGGGAGGAAACAAGAAGGAGAUUCAAGUUACAAACUUUAUUACAUGGCUACAACAGGAACCACAGUCUCUUGUCUGGCUCCCAGUGCUACACAGGCUUGUAGCAGCAGAGAAUGCCAAACAUCAGGCGAAGUGUAACAUCUGUAAACAAUACCCAAUAGUUGGAUUAAGAUAUCGGUGCUUGAAGUGCUUCAACUUUGACCUAUGUCAAAGCUGUUUCUUCUCAGGAAGAAAAGCCAGGGGUCACAAACUAUCUCACCCUAUGCAGGAAUACUGUAUGACAACAACUUCAGGGGAAGACAUGCGAGACUUUACAAGGAUAGUUCGAAACAAAUUCAAAUCAAAACGUCAUUUUAAGAAACAUCAUCGAAUGGGUUACCUUCCUGUGCAGACUGUACUUGAAGGUGAUGACUUGGAGAGCCCAGCACCAUCCCCACAGCACUCUGUUUCUUCUAAAGAAAUGCAUUCUCGUUUGGAAUUGUAUGCCAACAGACUGGCAGAAGUAGAGUUACGUACCCAGAGUAAUUCCACACCUGAAUCAAGUGAGGAUGAACACCAACUAAUUGCCCAGUAUUGUCAGACACUCUCAGGAGAAAGUGUACUGCCUGUUCCACGAAGUCCAGCUCAGAUUAUGGCAGCCAUAGAUGCUGAUCAUCGAGAAGAAUUGGAAACAAUGAUUCACGAGUUGGAGGAAGAGAACAGGUAAAUGCGAUGUUGAGUGAGAU